GCACCCAAUUGCAUUUGUUGCUAAGAUUGUGGCAGGUAGAUUGCAGCUCAAAUUUGAACUAUGCUUAAUCUACUCCACAGCUUAAACCCUACCUGAAAACUCCCUUAAGCUUCAAUCCAGGUAAAUAUCAAGCUUGGCUGCCAAAAGGUAGCAGAGGUGGUUGGAAGGUCUUGGACGGUGACCAAACUUGAAGUCAUCUUGGUAUGAAAUAGAAAUGAAUAUUAUUAUUUUAUUACAUUAAAUCUUUAUUAGGGAACCCAGUCUGCAACAAAUUCAAUUUCACUGUUUCUGACGAGUUUAGUCUUUGUUUCAAAUCCCAAUAGCCACAAGUUUUCACUUUUCCUCCAUCCGAAUUAUGUGUAAAUGUAGGCUUGUGGGGUUCGCCCUUGUCUUGUUUAGCAUAAGCAGUGAGAAUCUUCCCUUUCCAAGAAUCAGUUCACGCUUUUCUUCUCUUUAGUUUAAUGGCUGAAACCAUCGAGUAUCAACUCCAUUCAUUCGUCUCUGCAUCUUCGGGACCAUCUCCCCCAACAUUUUCUGUAAUAUCAAUUAACAAUACAAUGAAUACCUUUAUGUAUCUCUAACAGCACACCUCUCUCUCUCUCUCUCUCUCUCUCUCUCUGCUUGUGAGAAGUUCUACCCUCCUCUCCACGCAAAGGAGUCUCAACUUUCUCUCUCUCUCUCUCUCUCUCUCUCUCAGCCUUUUGGUUUUCUGAGUUUUUGGGUUUCUGUGCUCUUAUUGAGAUCUGCUUCAAAUGGGUUACUCCCAAGGAGGGUUCACGGACUCCGUGGAGCCUAAUGCGCCGCAUACUUCUGUAAUUACAGAUAGCUACUGGAAUAACAACGAGUUGAAACUGAAAACUCUGUUGACUGACAUGAUUUGGGAAUUUGGGUUGGCCUGUUUUCGGCCGGCUGGCCGGCGGCGAAGCUCGGGCAAGGAUCCGAAACAAAGAGAGAAGAAUAAGAAGGAAAAUUUGGAGCACAAUAAGGCAUGGUUGCUGGCAGAAUCUGGUGGGUGCGGGGCAGAGUUAACAAAUGCCGAUCCCCAAUCUGUUCAUUCAUCUUUCAGGUUCAGUUUCUGCUCUCAGGUUGAACUGGAAUCUUUCAAUAUGAGUUCUUCCUCGGCUGCAACCGUAUUAAUGGUGAAUUUGGAAAAUGGGUUGUCCGAAUCUCGAUCAGAUGAGAUAAAAUUGAGGAAAAUCGAGUUACUGGAGAGGAGUAUCUCUCCGAUGGCCAGUACCCUUGUCAGAUUCAGCUAUGGUGAAAUCGUUUCUGCUACUCGCAAUUUCUCGAAAGGCAGAGUUUUGGGGAGAGGAGCUUUGAGCUGUGUUUUUUGGGGGAGAGUUGGGUUUUUUAGAGCAGCUGUGGCGAUUAAAUGGUUAGACAAGGAAGACAAAGAGUCCCCAAAGGCAUUUUGUAGAGAAUUGAUGAUUGCCAGUUCUCUUCAGCACCCAAACAUUGUCCCACUGGUGGGGUUCUGUAUUGAUCCAGAGGAGGGAUUGUUUUUGGUGUACAAAUUCGUUUCGGGCGGUAGCUUAGAGCGGCAUUUGCAUGAGAAGAGGAGAGGAGUUAAGGGAUGUUCAACCCUUCCCUGGUCUGUGAGGUAUAAGGUUGCCAUUGGAAUUGCUGAGGCUGUAUGGUAUUUACACAAUGGAACUGGAAGAUGUGUUGUUCACAGAGACAUCAAGCCUUCAAACAUUCUCCUCACUUCCAAGAAAACACCCAAGUUGUGUGAUUUUGGAUUAGCUGCAUGGACGUCUGCACCUUCAGUCCCUUUCCUGUGCAAAACUGUGAAGGGUACAUUUGGGUAUUUGGCUCCUGAAUACUUUCAGCAUGGGAAAGUUUCAGAUAAAACAGACGUUUAUGCUUUUGGGGUGGUCCUACUGGAACUAUUAACUGGACGGAAGCCAAUCGAAGCAAAAAGACCACAAGGAGAGGAGAACUUGGUACUGUGGGCAAAGCCACUUUUGCAACAAGGGGGAGGGAACUUGGAAGAGUUUCUUGAUCCACGGCUCAAGCUCACUUCAAAAAAUUCAAAUAAAAAAAUUGCUCGGAUGAUUCAAGCCGCAGAGGCCUGCAUAAACAGUGAAGAAUCCCGGAGGCCGGGCAUCGAUGAGGUUAUGGCAAUACUUAGAGGUGAAGAACUCAUUUUCUCUAAAAGGUCUGUUUUCCCGGGUAAUGGGUGUGUUAUAGAUUGUUACCCUCAAUUGCAACACACAAAAAGUGAUAUGCGAAAUCACUUUGCUUUAGCCAUGCUAGGAGUUUCAGAGCUUGAGGAUGAUGAUUAUUUUUUCUGUCGAUGAAACUUGAAACAUACCUCAUUGACCAUCUUAUUUUUCUCUUGCUGUUUUAGUCCUGCUUUUGUUGUUGCUUAAAAUUCCAUGGGAGUGCUAGGAAUAGGACUGAAAGGAGUGUUGAGAGACUGUACAUAGGAAUACGUUUGAGUGAUUAUGCCUGUAUCAUCUGUUUACAUGUCUCAAUUCUCAAAGUAGAAAUUUUAUACAAUUUUUAUUUUCAA